AUGACGGAGCUGUCACGAGGUUUGUGCCAAUUUUAAUUUUAUAAAAAGUUAAUUUCAUGCGAAGAAGUUGGUGAAGUCUGGUCGAGACUGUUUGACCACCGUCCUUUUCUAAAUGGUGAAAUAAAGUUUAUGGUGAAAGAGUUUGAGGAGAAGCGAGGAGAUCGUGAAGUAGAAAACUUGUUUUCCAUACUUGAGAAAUUGACAGAAAUAAAAGACAACCAAGUUGAAAAAAUAAGCAAAAUCGCUGAACAUUCACUACCUGUUCUGAAUGAAAAACUUGAGCAAGCACUGCAACUUUGUGACAAUAUUGAAAAAGAGUACUUAGAAGUGCACAAAGACUGUGAACAAAGAAGAAUUCAAAAACGUGAAAAGCGGCAAAAAGAAUGGGAUCAAUUCAUUGAUGAUAUGAACUUUAAGUGCAAAAGAAUUGACAACGCAUUUGAAGAAAAAGAAGAAGAAUUGAGGGAUUUGUACGCAGAUUUAAAUCACAAGUUAAACAUAGCAAAUAACUAAAUAUGGAUCUCAAAGGGAGCCUUGUAGAUACCAGCUUAAAAAUAUAUCCAUCAAUACAAUUUUUAGAUUUCAUAAAGGGGCAAUCAUUCAAUCAAAAUGUUCCAUUAAAUAUUGGAAAAAUUGUCAAUGGUGAGAGCUACAAGGAGAAAACCAAGGAUAAUGAGACAUUUAAACCUGUUGAUGUAAAUCUAACUAACAAGGAAAUUGAAAUCUUAAAUCAGUUCACUAAAACUGUUGAAGAUGAAAAUGAAAAUUCAAAGGUGGAGCCUCCGCCAUCUGCUGGUAAAAAGGGCAAUGAAAUUGGCAAUAGUGCACAAUCAUUGGAGGUUAAAACAAAAGUAGAAGAAAAAGACUCUGAAGAAAAAUUGGAAGGUCCCUUCCUAUCAACAUCAGACAUUGAGUGGCUGUAUGUAUACCUAAAAGAAAAAAGAACCAAAGAUCCAGACACCCCUCACCUACACAAACUGUUAGAAGGAUCCCAAAUUGCACUUCCUGAAAACCAGGUACUAAAAAGAAACCCAGACUUGGAAGCAAGAUGUGUCAAACUCAGAGCCCAGCAAGAAGCUAGGGAGUACAGGAAAAUGACAAAAGGCGUUGAUAAUGUUAGGAUGCGGUUUCCAGAAGAUAGUAUUUCAUAUCAGUUAAAACAAAUGAAUCGGCAAUUGAUUGCAAUUGGACAAUUUAUCAUAUCCAUAUUCGCUGGAUUCUUAUUUGGCUUCAGAGGUGUUGAAUGGAUGGUUGGCAACCUAGAUUUUGGAUUUCGGUUGCUCCUUGGUGUUAUGUGUGCUCUAGUUAUAGCUUUAGCAGAAAUAUACUUCCUUGCUAAAAAACUUAAUGAAGAAUUGAGUGUGCCAGAAACCACCCAAUUAGGAGGACCACCAAAGUUUGCUGAUGAAAAGCUUAAUGAAAAUAGAAUAAGAAAAAGUAUUGAUAAACCACAUCAAGAUUAAAGUGAAAAGGCAUUUCAAAUACCUAUUUAAACAUUUA